AUGGGUGCUGGCACUGCCAUAAAAACGACUCUCGGUCUCUUCGCCAUGUCUGAAGGAGGGAAAGUUGUCAUGUCCAAGAGGAGUGCUCGGCCAUACAUCGAAGAAGACGAAAUGGAGAAACAAACACUGGAAUAUCAGGCCAACGGGGACGAGAGAAGAAGCACGGCGUCGACAUCUACCACCUACAGCAGUCAAUCUAGCCUCGAGUCAUCGCCAUCAGUCCAUGCCGCCGACCCGGAGAGAGAUGUGGAACAGCUUCAGCUCUCAAGUCAGAAACACCGCACAUCCACCACCGGACCCCGCGAUGCCUUUCACCCGCCAAAUGACGACCUCGUGUCUGGCUCAAUAUCAGCUCUUGAGCUGGACAGGAUACUUCCAACCGAGGGCCGGCCCUCCAAUUUUGGUGUCGUUGUUCCAGGCGUCUACAGAAGCAGUUUCCCACAGUCGGAGGACUACGGCUUUAUCGAGGGCUUGAAGUUGAAGACAAUUGUCACCCUUGUACAAAAAGAGUUCCCACAAGGCUAUGACAAGUUCAUUGAGAGGAAUGGCAUCAACCACUGCGUCUUUGACAUGAAGGGCACCAAGAAGCAGGCCAUCCCGAUUGCCACCAUGAGGUCAAUUCUCCGGCUGGUUCUGGACCGCAGGAAUCACCCAUUGCUGAUUCACUGCAAUCACGGCAAGGUCCGAGACUGUGACGUAAAUUACAUCACCGGCUUUGAGCCGGCCGACAUUUCGAAUCUUUUUCGAGAGGUGACCUUGCCAUUUCGAACCCGAAACUUCCUCCGAGCCACCUUCUUCGCCCUCAUCAUGACCGUCAUCUGGCUAUUUUCAGGCACCAAGCUAAUAUCAGCGGCGCCUCAGCGAGGCAAAGUGUUGGAAGAGUAG